AUGGAAAAGGGUGGAGCACGGCAGCAACUUCCAGAAAAUCGACCUCUGUGGGAAGUUCUCAUAUUUAACUACCCAACAAAGAAUGCAGCUGGGAAUGUGAUAUUCAAGCUUCACCAUUCACUUGGAGAUGGCUAUUCUAUAAUGGGAGCGCUUCUGUCUUGUCUACAAAGACUUGACAACCCUUCUAUGCCAUUAACGUUCCCAUCGCGCCAGUCUAACUCAAAGCCUUAUCGUCACAGCCCUGGUUUUCUUAGGCUCAUGAAUCGAUAUUUUUCAGGGUUGAUUAACACUGCAUAUGAUUUCGGAUGUAGUCUCUUGAAGAGCACUUUGAUUGAAGACGAUAAAUCAUCAAUUAGAUCCGGGCAUGGAGUUGAGAGUGGACCAUUCGCUAUAACUACAACUGCAUUUUCCAUUGAACACAUUAAGCAAAUAAAGACCAAACUUCAAGUGGCAACUGCUCGAUACAUCUAUGGCACAUUAAAUAAUUCAAGCCUGAUGAUAUCAAAUAUGAUUGGGCCGGUGGAACAAAUGUCUUUAGCUAGUAUCCCAAUUAAAGGAUUGUACUUUACGGUGCCUGGAGUACCGCAGAGUCUUCAAGUAACAAUGGUGAGUUAUGCGGAAAAGCUGAGAAUUGGCAUGUCAGUGGAGAAAGGUUUCAUUGAUCCGAACAAGUUCAAGUCAUGCAUUGAAUAUGCCUUUGAGGCAAUUUCCAAAGCAGCACUAGAGUGA